UACCUUGAUUCAGACACACCAGGGAUACCUUUUUACUACUUCUUAUUAUUUCUAAAUGAUUUUUAUAAUCUAAUUAUUUUAUUUCUCUUAUACAGGGAAGCCAAUAAAAUUACAGUUUUCUCAGUAAAAGUUGCGUUGUCAACCCUGUGUGCAGGAAAACUUAUUGAUAAAUUUCGUUAUAUUUACUCCCAAAUAUCGGACAAUAAUGGCCAUAUGAUUCAUUGGAAAUUUUCGGAAUUCUUGAAAGAAAUAUUAUCUCUUCCCGCUGCAGUAUAUGAAACACCAUCUUUUCCAUACUCAGAAGAUUUAAGUAACUCAAUUAUACCAUCAGACUCAAAAGUAACAGUUAACAAUUUUCUCGAUAUAUUCAUGUCAGAUUCAGGGCCACAUUGUUUGAUUUGGUUACCAUUAUAUCAUAGAAUUGCUAACGUUGAAUCAGGUAUGGAAAAAUUUUUUUCACCUCUUGCAGUUUCACUGUCCGAAGAAUUCAAUUAUCAUUUAAGGUUAAAUUAAGUACAAAACAAUGGUCUACUUUGAUUGUAAGACAGUGAGACAACUUCGACUCAAUAUAUCUUGGAAAAGUGAAGUUUCCGUAAUAUAUAGAAUGAUUCUUUCUAUUUUAAUUAAAUUCUUGUAAUUGGAUAUCAAUUAGGUUAAAAUCAAAAAUUCGUCAGAUUGGAUUCAUUUAUUU